GGGAAUUGUAGUUCACGGCGCGGGGCGCGCAGCGGCGGCCGUGACUGGCGGGACUCUGUUUCCCGGCGCGCCCCGCGGCGACCCCGGGGGGAGCGGGACCGGGCGCUCGCUGAGGAGCUGGGAAGCACCACAGAGAGCCAGGAGCCAACAAAUCAUCUCAACACCUCAAUGAGGCAUUAAGUCUGAUCUAUUGCUCUGUCUGAAACCUCACCAGGGAACACAAGUAUUAGAAAUGGCAGAAAAGGUGAAUAACUUCCCGCCGCUCCCCAAGUUCAUCCCUCUGAAACCAUGUUUCUACCAGAAUUUUGCUGAUGAAAUCCCCAUCGAUUACCAGUUCCUGGUGAAGAGAAUCUAUCAUGUGUGGAUCUUUUACUGCAUCACGCUGGCCGUGAACCUCAUCGCCUGCCUGGCCUGGUGGAUCGGGGGAGGCUACGGGGCCAACUUCGGCCUGGCCAUCCUCUGGCUGAUCCUCUUCAGCCCCUGUGGCUACGUCUGCUGGUUCCGACCUGCCUACAAAGCCUUUCGGUCGGACAGUUCCUUUAAUUUCAUGGCCUUUUUCUUCAUCUUUGGGGCGCAGUUCCUCCUCACGGUGCUGCAGGCGAUCGGCAUCUCCGGGUGGGGAGCGUGUGGAUGGUUGGCAGCCAUCACCUUCUUCAGCACCAGCGUGGCAGCUGCUGUGUUCAUGCUGUUCCCUGCCAUCAUGUUCACGAUGUCAGCAGUUGCAAUGCUCAUCUGCAUCAUAAGGGUACAUAAAAUCUACCGAGGGGCUGGUGGAAGCUUCCAGAAGGCUCAAGAUGAGUGGAACAGCGGCGCAUGGAGGAACCCUCCCAGCAGGGAGGCCCAGUACAGCAAUUUUUCUGGGAACAGCCUGCCAGAGUAUCCCACAGUGCCCAACUACCCCUCUGCAAACCAAUGGCCUUAAGCAGCAACAGCUGCAAACUGCCUGGAGUCUCUCCUUUUUGGUCUUUUUAUUCUUGUUCUUGGAAAAGAUCAUUUGCAUUCCCUCCCAAGCACCCCACUCAUCUCGAGGACCUUUCUGGUUCUUGUCUCCUGAUCCCUGAGGAAUAUCCGUGCUCUCAGCCCUUCCCACCUCCACUGCACUGCACGGCCAUGGCAGAAAGCUUUUUGUUUGCCUUGAGUCACCAGUAUUUGCCUCGUUGCAGACUAAGAACAAACCCUUCGCUGCCCUUGCUUGAGGGAAUCCUCUCCUGACCAUCCCUGGAAAAGGCUCAGCUUCCCCACGAUGGCAGCACUCCCACAGCUGCUCCUGCCCCUGCUCCUGCUCAGCUUCCAUGGAAUGCCCAGCACAGCAUCACGCCAUCUGUAGCAAAAGCAAUCAGAGCAUUAGUAGCAACUGGUGUUUACUCUCCUGGAUGAAUAAUGUGGAAUUUUUCACUCUAAGGGAAAUGCAGCACUUAAAUUAUUUGGUACUAGUGACACUGAAGUGUUUUGUGAAAGCUCCACCCUCCGUGGGAGGAUCCCUGCAGGUAACAGAGGUGCCCUGGGUGAGUCCUCGGAUGGGAAGUCCCCACAAUCCUCCUUUGCCUGCUCAGACUGUUGUGAUGCUACAGCUCUUGCUUUCCCUGCUGCCAAAACCUCUUGCUGGAUCUGUGUGUUCCAAAGGUACAGAUUCAUCUCCUUAGGUUCAUGAUUUCUCUGUAAAGCCUGAAUCAAAACCCAGUGGAAACCAGUGCAGAGCUGACACUGGGCCUUGGUGAUGUUCACCCUGGUACAGGGACUCAGCACGAGAUUUCCCCACCAUGUAACUUCCAGCCAGGUUUUGUGCUGGAUGCAAGAUAAUGAUUGAUCUCACUGCUGGAGCCCCAGUGUGGUUUGGAAAUGCUUCUGUUACAAUGAAUAGUUUAAUUCUGCCUUCUGGUGUAGCUGAACUCCAGAUGUUACAGUGGGAUCUGGGAGAUCAAGGGAAGUUUGUUGGUCCUCAUGGCUGCUGUUGGCUCUGUAGUUGGCAGGACUUCCAUGGGAGAGAGAUUCCUGCCUUUCUCCAAUGAUCAGCUGAAGGGAGGAUGAAGCUGUUGGGAGGGAUUGUUUUCCCUGAAAUUAUCCUCCACCUUGUCAUUCAUCUCCAUUCUGUGCCUGAGCCAUCCAAUUCCCUGUGUCCUACAGCGAUCCAGGCAGCAAAAGCUGCGGUUUCCUCUUCCCCCUCAGCCUGCUGUGAAUUUUUUAAAACCUGUCCAAACUGGGAGGUCAGUUCCCAAUUUUUUUAUAGGGAGUGAGUGUUUCAAGUCUGUGGCUUUCAAAGUUUUGGCCAAUGAUCCAGAGUGCUCCAUUUGGGAGAUCUAGGAGGGGUUGGGCACCCUGGGGAUCAGACCUGGAGCCUGCUGCCUUGGCAGGCUGUUGAUGGGGUUAUUCCAAAUUCCUAAAUUCACACUGAGCAACUGGAAAACACAACUGGCUCCUAGAAAGGGACAGGGACAUGGUCCUAGCUAGGUGGAAUUGAUUUGCAAGUGGUCUUUUGAAAUUUUUUCUCUACAUGUGCCUUAUCUAAUGAAAUCAUAGUACACAGAGGAGAGCUCCCGCUUCCCCCUCACCCCUGCAGAAUUCCCUGUUUCCCUGUUAACUCGUCCUGUGUCACACUGUAAAUAAUGAGGGAAGCACAGUCUGGAAUCUGCAAGACCCCUGUGUUACCAGGGCCAAAGCAAAAGCAACCCCAGAUUUCCCCAAAUUUCCGUUUACAGCCACACUGACCCCUGCUGCAGGAGCAGCCCUCCACUGGCUCUGGGAUGUGGAAUGUGCUCCCAGCACCAGGGGUUUUUCCUGGAGAGUGUGCAAUGUGCUUGGGAGGACGAGCUCUUGGAGCCUUCUUAACAGAACAUGACCUGAUGGCAUUGUGAAGCUUUUAGGUGCCUUUGUCUAGUGUCAAAUGUAAUUUUAAAUGUUCUUUGUCGCUUGCCAUCGGAGUGAUGAAAGAACUGCCUGGCGUUGACUCCCUGGAAAUACGAUGGAUGCACCACAGGGUGAGGGCUGAAGGUGGGAUUGGCCACACCUGGGAGCCAGGACAUGGUGCACCUGUGUCCCUCAGUCCUGCCCCUUGCCAUCCUCUUGCCAAAAUUCUUCAAAACCAUUUGAUACCUGCCCGAUUUCAGUGUGUCAAGUUGGAGGUUUUGAAGGAACCAAGAGGAGAAGCGUUGCUGGGGGCUCCACAUCCUACUUCUCUUUGGGAUUUUCCCCUUGGAGAAUCUGGGGGCUGUGUUGAAGCACCCACCCUCAGUCACACUGGAAAUGUUUGAUGCAAGGAGAGGGGGUGCCUGGGAGCCUGCCCACCGGAAUGGUUGGAGCUGGACACCGAAAUCAGACCCUGUUAGCCUGCACUGCCUGAGAUCCCUGUGGAGAUCAAUGCACCUCCAGGUGGGAGCUCCAUCCCAUCCCCUCCCUCCUCUUCAAUGCCAGAAACCGUAAUUCCAGAAAGUCCAACACGCUGCCUGAACAAAUGGCUUAAUUUUUUUCUUUUUUUUUUUUGGACUCCUCUAGAUGUUUUUAAAUGUUUACAUUAGAUUUCUAAAAGUUCUUAACACCAUUAACCCAGCCCUGGCUCCUGGUGUGGUUGGGCGUCACGUGGCGUGUCUGUGUGUGAUGUUUCGUGUCACCUGUGGAGCUCUGGGUUUUGUUUGUGUUUUUCUCCUGAUCACAAGACAAUAAAUGCUCAUCCUGUGCUUGAUGAGGAGAACUGGC